UCAAACAUAAAUAAAAAGAAGAAAAAGGGAAAAAGCAUUUUUUUAAAAAAAAAACAAAGGAAGGAAAAAGGGAAAAAAAGAAAAGAAAAAAAGAAAAAAGGAAAAAGAAUGGGAAGCCAAGGAAGAGACGGGGAAGGGUUUCCAGCUGUGGACGUGGAGAGAGAGUUAAAUCCAGGAGAUAACAAGCACGUUGAAGUCGAUCCCAUUUCCUCUCAAGUCGCUACAUCUUUGGAAGCUAAGGAACAUGAGAAGAGAACAGCAGCGGAAGAAGAGCGGAAGAGAGCAAAGAAGAAGAAGGAAGCAAUGCAGACGUUGAAGACAACGUUCAUCGUCUCCGGAAUCAUCGCUGCCGUAGCGGUGGCGGCCUUUGCCAUUGUUAAGAAAUUGCGUGAAAACUAAUUCGUUUUUCUCUCAACUUUGCUCGAUCCUCCCUCACUCUUAAUCGUCUUUUUUCUUUCUUCUUCUCUUUUUUGUUUUGUUUGACGUGUGUGUUGUUUAAUGGGAAAAUGGUUAAAUUAAAAGUUUAUGGUGAGAAAAAGGUUUUCUUUUGUUAGAAUAUCAAAAGAAAGAGAGAUUUUUUUUUUAUAUAUGUUGUUACAUAAUUUUAUGCUAUUAAAUAUAUAUAAACCCUACUUGAGAAUUA